UGCUCUCCGCCAUGAGCUACGCCUCCCGCCCUGUCCGCCAUGCCACCACCACUUCGACGGAAUGGAAAGCAGCAGGCGUGUGAGCCCUGUCGCAAGGGCAAGCUGGCCUGCGAUCACGCCGCGCCGUUUUGUGGGAGAUGCGUGCGGAGGAAGAUAACCGCGCGGUGUAUCUAUCACCCGGCGCCCAUGACCAGAAAGAAGGUGCCGCCGGAACCAGGUCCAGGUCCAAGUCCAGGUCCCGUGUUGCCACAACAGCUCACGCCCAGCAACUCCACCGACCGCUCAAACCACAUCUUCUCUCCUUCGCAAUCGUCGGAGGUCUUCAGCACGCCCUUCCGCCCGGAUCUGAAUGCCCAGGAAACCCCGCGUAGCUCGGUCCCUGAUGUGCCUGACGCGCGUAACCCAGGCGCCAAAGAGCGCAAUCACGGCAACGGCAAGGUCGUCACUCCAGCCUUCCGGCGGACCGCCAGGUACUACGGCCCGACCAGCUUCUCUGCCAUCUUUAGUGAGCAUGCCGACCUGUCGGAAGGCCUCUUGGAUGUGGGCGAUGAUGGCAGAGACAACUCCUCGGCGUGGCCUUUGGGCGUGCCGUUGCUGGGUAACGACAGCCCUUCAUCCCCGGCUGUGAGAAUGAGCCAGGUUAUCAAGGCUUUAGAAAACUUGCCUUCCAAAGAGAUAUGCUUCAGCUUGAUAGACACCCCUAAAAACACCCACAUCAGUAUGAACAUUGUGCUUAUCCGCCACGCCAUCGAGACUUUGUGGGCCACCUUUGAGCCAAAUCUAGCAGCGCCUCGCACGACCGAGAAGCUUGCUGGCAUUGCUGAGGUGCUCUUUGCGAACGAGUUGAGACCAUUCCCUCCGGCCCCGGAUGAUGGGAUGGAUUGGCUCAACACUUUUAUGGGGCCGAAUCUGCGUUUUGAGAUGCUCGGGAUGCUCUUCUGCUUUUUUGGCAUGGCGUAUCAAUCCCUGAACGACUGGGAUGAGCGAUUCAAGGUCCCUGAAAACCAAGGCCGUGAUAGGAAACAGACAUCCUGGAGGAUGAAAGAGUGCGCCGACGUCUGUCUGAAGAUGAACGAAACCUCUGAGGAGAACAAUGACAUCUCACUGGCUCUACAAGUUUGUACAGCAAUAUUAGAGAGUGUCUGCACUGGAGAUGAGAGUUUACAACUGCGCCGGCGUCAUGGCGAUAUUAUAGUCUGCACAAUUGCUGCUGGCUUGCAUAGACUUCCGGACUAUGGUUCUCAUAAAAUCACGGCCGCUUCAGAAUAUAAGAGGAGGCUCUUCUCCUCAAUAUAUGGCUCGGACAAAAACCAUGCGUUUUUAAACGGGAUACCGCCUGCUCUAAGCGCAAGAUUCUGUAACUUAUGCCUCCCUCUGGAUAUUGGAGAAGAGGAGCUCUUCCUGCCUCAGCGUGAGUUGGUUACUGUUAUCUCGAAGCUGGAUCCUAAUGGAUGGAAUACCGCUGGGGAACUGCACAAAGUUACUGCCCGCCGAGCAUUCCAUCUGCUCUCUGGGAUCCGCGAGGAAAUUCUUGAGCUGUCACUUGGAGUUAACGUACAGCUCUCGGCAUCCAGAGUAGAAGAUCUGCAUCGACGGUGUCAGGCAGUUUAUGAUGCACUGCCUCCCCAGCUUCAUUACUAUGCUCAUGAUAAGAUACCCAAAGAUUGUGAGGGCAAACAUUUAACUGGCAGGGCAUAUUUAAUGCUUAAUUUCUUACAAAACAGCUUUCUCAUUGACCGGGUGGCCAUCGCCCGUGGGCUGCCCAACGAGCAAGGCCUUCUGGAUACCGCGAUGGAGAUGAUGGAUGUUACUAUAACGUUCUGGAUAAAACGGGAUCAAGUCAUGCACUUUUCCCCGUCGUUCGACUGGAUUAUCACCUACGGGAUUCCGAGUGCGGGGGUAAUCUGUGUUGAGCUACUCCGUCAGGUUGCGAGUCGGCACGACCUUCGAUUUUCAAGGUCGGAUGCCAUCCAGAAGCUUACACUGUUUAUCGGCUUCUUGGAGUGGAUCCGGCCAACGGACGGGAAUUAUAUGCUCGCAGGGCGAUUGAAGAGGGUCAUCCGAAGGAUCUUAGAUCACGUUCUCGACCCGCUGCCGAAGGAGACGACUGGGCACGACUUCAUGGACGUUCCAAUCGAUCCGAUGUUAGCGCCUUUCGGCGAGGUGGAUUGGGUCAACACGAUAGAUUGGGCGCAGGGGUCGUGGAUGGAUUUUAAUUGAGCCGUGGGGCUGACCGUCCAUCGUGGACGGGGGGAUUUGAGCAGCUCUCGGUAGAGCCCGGUGUCAGAGGUUUUAGGCAGACAGAGAGGCACCAUAUUGGAUAAUGUGAGUGGCUUCGGGGCCUCUCGCGUACCGUCUCCCUGGUCCCGGGCACGGUAGCAGAGGGAACGACUAGCGGCCGGUCUGUCCUUUGGAGGGGUUCCAGGAAUCCUCCCUACCUAGGACGUUCACCGCCUGCUUCGAGACUCGAGAGUGACAGAUUUAUCGAUUGGUCUUUCACAAGACCCUAGCGAGAGAGAGACACGAUAAGCUUCCGAAUAGGGCCCCAUGGAAGUUCUGGGGCAGUGUACUAGAAGGGAGUUUACUUAUUUAUUAUAAUUAUUUAUCUUUGUCGUGUAUAUAUAUCCGCUAUGCGACGUCAUCUCGAAGAAGACCCGAUAGAUAGGUAGAUAUUUAGAGCAGGAAUAAGAAAAACGCAAUCUAU